AUGAGGACAUUUGUUGCCGUUGGUGCGUGGAAGAAGAACGGAAAGUGUCAGAACCACGACCACAACUGUGCAUCUCCUCCCAAACAACCCAGCACGGCCCCAGAAUCGGUUACAGAAGCGACGGGACCUGAGCUGCAGCUGCCAAUGCGGGGCAACCUGUGGGGUUACGACGGCAACGGCUCUGAUCCGGAUGUUGUUGCACAACCUGAAGCAACUGGAGUACAGACUGCAGAUGAAAGGAGCAACUUCCAGCUCGGCACAUGUUGGACAGAGGAACCGACCUUGGCUGGCGACCAACUGAUUCACAAAGACCCUUGUCUCAUUUUUGGCGCCUUAACAUGCAUCUCUAGCCCAAAGGUACCUAGCCAUCGCCAAGUAGCCGUUAAGGUACACUCUCAAGUUACAUACAUGCCUCUACACUCCAACCCUGGUUUGAUUGUUGGUGUGGUACUUCGAUUCACACUUUUCCUUCUCAAGUUUGGUUCGGUGGACUUUGGCGAUGCAAGCCCUGGUAAAGCGCUGGAAAUGUUUCCCUUUUAG